AUGUUCAAUUUAUUUGAUGAAUCGGUUGCCAUACCAAAACAGUCAGUAUGGUAUGGUUCUCUGAAAUUUAUAGCAGCUGGUGCAUGCGCCAUGCUCGUUAUGCUGAUAAUUGGAGCAACGAUUGUUCUUAGCCUGAUUCCAGUGUACCUUCAGAAGAAGGAUUUGACGGUUAUAGCAACAUGUAGUACUUGCAGUGUUGAUGUUUACAAUAAGUUUACUUAUAUUGGAACUGUUUACAAUCAAAACGUUGGCUAUUAUUCUUGUGCACAAUUUUGUGCUGGUAGCCUUACUGGUGGUGCCUCUGGUGCUGACGACCCAACUUAUAAUUAUAUUAACGAUACUGCUAGUUCUCUCGGCGGUGUUUCUUAUAGUUGUUAUCUUGCUCAGCGUGGUGUUAGCAAUUGUGUUAAUUCUUAUGGCAGUUUUACUACUCAAAGUGGUCUUUUUGACCUCGGCAAUAGUGGUGUCUGUAGUUCUCCUUAUGCUGCUUAUCGUUGUUGUUGCAGAUCUAACUCUGGAUGA